AUGAGUGAUUAUUACGAACCUACAUUAUUAUUCAGAAGGAACGCUAAGCGGUUCAGUCCAGAGUCUUCUCCAAUGGCCAGUGUGGAAAGUUUACAUUCUAAUACCAGUGCUAAAUCCAAUUCAUCAUCAACUUCUUCCAAUAAAUCUACAUCAUCUUCAUGGAUGUUAAAUUUACAAAAUCCUCAAGAUACUCAAAUAUUAAAUCAAUCAUGUUCAUUGAAUCGAUUAAACAUUAAAUCCAAUUAUUGGAAAAUACCUGAUAACAACUAUAAUUUAACUUCGAUGGCUAUUAAGAAUAUUAAUAAUGAUGAAACUACAUUAGCUAUUUCAAGUGGGAAUAAAGAAUCAAAUUUAUUCAUUUAUGAUUUGAAUUUAUUUGAUAAUUAUUUAACUCAUCAAUCAACUAUAUCAUUACCUAACAUCUAUGGGAUGAAAUGGUUUAAUUCAAAUUAUCUUAUCACAGGUAAUAGUAAAGGGUAUGCUCAUUUAGUUUAUAUCCCUCAUAAUAUGGAUGAUAAUCAAACUAACGACGAUGGAGAGGACCAAGCCGAAAUCAUUAAAAGAUUCAAUCAUAGAAAACAUUUAAAACAAAAAAUAUCAUCAGAUAAAUCAAGUGCUAUAUCAAAAUUAAACAUUAUACCAAAUCAAGAUCAUUUAAUCUCAUUAUAUCAAAAUAAUCUCUUUUAUUGGGAUAUUAAAGAUUGUGAAUCACAACAACGUCCAUCACCAAUAUCGAUAUCGAAGAUUCAUGGAAUUAAAAACUUUGAAAUCUUGAAUUUAACUAGUUCAACCAUUGGUAUUUGUGGUAAUUUUGGUAUUUCCUUAUUUGAUUUAAGAGAUAAUAAAUUUAGUGUACCAGUUUCAUCUUUACAAGAACAUUCAAAACAAAAAUUAAAUACAAAUUUAAUUAGGGUGAAUCCUCAAAAUGAAAAUUUAUUAGUGGCAAGUCAUGGUGAUAGUGUGAUAAGAUUAUGGGAUAUUAGAAAACAAAACAAUUACGUUAAUUUAAUUGGUCAUCAAAAUAAUGUGUCAAGUUUACAAUGGAAUAAUGGAGAUUUAUUCAGUGGUGGUAAAGAUGGGAAUAUCAUUCAUUGGGAUUUAACUACCAAUAUGAGAGAACCAGAACAUGAUGAAGUGAUUAAUUGUUCAUUAAAGGAAGGGUUCGAUAGUAUUAAUUUCAAUUCUCAAGCUAAUAAAUUAGAAACUUGUUUAAAUCAAAGACAAUGUGGAACUUUAUUACCUGCUUCAAAUACAAAUAUUAUUGGUAUGGAAUCUUUAAGAGGUAGUGGUAAUGAUGAUAAGGAUUUAAAAGUAUUAUCAAUAGAUAGUUCAUCAUUCUUUGGUAUUCAUUCUAAGAUCUAUGAAUCGAUUAAUAUUAAUAUUAAUUCAGAUAAGAUGUAUUAUACCGAUGAUGAUAUACAAUUAUUGAUAAAUGCUCAACAAUCAUCGUUGAAUACAUUAGUGGAAGAAGAUGAGGUUAUAGCUGUGAAUGAAACUCCAGUAUAUGAACUGGAAAUGGUCAAACCAUUGGCUGUAUCAAGAAAAUCUACAUCUACAUUCCAACCACCACAACCUAUAAUAUCAUCUAAUCAAAACAUGUCUAAUGAGACUUUAUUAGAUGAAUUAGACCAGAAUGAUUUCAAUCAAGAUUCAUAUAAAUUAGACAUUGAUAUGAGUAAGAUUUUUGAUAAAUCUCAAACUCAAUCUCCAAUAAGUCAUGAAUUCCACCUUAAUGAAAAUGAAAAGGAGAUCAAUGAAAUUAAAGAAUCUGAUAUUGAAGAAGAUGAUGAUGAAUUUGAUUUCACUCAACCUCAAUCAGCUUUCUCGAUGUAUAAUUUACAAUCUUCUCAUGAUACCACCACUACUAAAACCAAAAAAUCAGUUAAUUUCUCUGCUUAUUCGAUUGAUUCAACAGAACCAAUCCAUUAUCAUAUGCAAUCUCCAGGCAUAUCACUUUCAAGUCCUGAAACAACUCAAGAAUCAAUCCAUUUCAAUUCCACCACUCUUGAUUCAAUCGAUACACCCCCAUCAUCUAUCAACUCCUCCCCAAGAUUAAACGAAUCUAAUAAAGAUGAUUUUCAUUUUAAUUUAUUAGAUGAUCUUGACUUCAAUUUCGGUACUAGUUUAAGUACGAAUAUGUUUAAUGAAAUUAAUCCAAAUAAUCAUACUACUGGUACAAAGAGUAAUCCUAUAUCUAUAUAG